AACUCAACACACCUAUAUGACAAGAUUUAUAUACCACUGGAAUGAGGUUAAAAACGUGCAUAACCUAGUCUGAUACACCAGUGCAUAAAUGAUAAUCAACAAUAACACUACAGCGAAGAAGAAACGUCUCUGGGAUAUUUGUAGGACGGCAUCAGCAAGCGCCAGAGCAGGUCACGUGACACGCGCUAGCUAAUGAACCACGACUUGCCUGUGAUCUAGACGCGACUUCUACCUUGACAACUGUUGCUGGGGAUCGAACCCGGAAGCUUUCCAUGUGUUCUAUGGAAGUUUGUCACAAGUAUUGGGAGGAAUGUUAAACUUUACCACGUGGCCUUGUCUUUGAGUUCCUACAUGGAAGAUGAAUACUGUUUUGCCCUCAGUGGCAGAAGAACUCAUUCGGGAAAUAAAACGGAACUUCCAGGAAACGUCACAAAUUUCCGAUGAACAUCUAUUAGCGCUGAAGUUUAUAUUUGGACCCACUGCUUUGCAAGCCUUAGACUUGGUUGACCAGCGAUCAGUCACACGUGUGACAAGUCCCAGCGGAAGGACCACAUUCCAGGUUACUGGGAGCUCUGGAAAGAUGUAUACAUGCUAUUCAUUCUGCCAUUACUGUUCCUGCCCAGCCUUUUCAUUCUCCGUGCUCAGGAAAAAUGAGUCUUUGCUGUGCAAGCAUAUUCUUGCUGUGUACCUGAGUCAAGCCACAGGGACCUGCCAGGAACGUACAGUAUCGGAUGAGCAGAUAUGUGACAUACUGUUAGCAAAGGAGCUUUAGACCCUUUUGUCUUUUGCAGAGAAGACAUACCGUGCUCGGCAUGUGUCAGACAGCAGUGGUGAAACUUGUAUUUAUUAAUUUAUGAUGUUCACUGAUGCAAAAUGUAUAUAGAAUUAUAAAGGAAACAUAAACUUUAAAUGUUGUGAUAUAUUCGGAGUGAUUUUUUUUGCUUUGUUUUGUUUUAAAUCGUGUGUCUGAUUUGACAUCCUGAGUUGUCCAGUUCACAGUUUUUCAUUGAUGGACAAGAAAGUGCGACUUGGUGAUGUUAAUAAUUGCCUAAUUCUGCAAACUCUGGCUCAAAUUUAACAGGUUCAGUACCAGAAACCAUAUGCAUUCUUUUUAUGCCUUACCUACAAUACCUUUGGAAUUUCAUUUUAAUUUAAUUGUAUGUGUUUGUUUGGGCAAAGGUAGGUACCUGGCUGGAUUGUAAUGCCUGAACCCUGGGAUUUUUGAAAAUAAACUUUCACUAUGA